AUACAACUGCUUUGCAUGUUCUCUGCUCUAGUGGGGUUCAUCAGAUCCCCGCUGUCUCAAGUGAAGCUUGUAGAGGACAGCGCUGAAUUACACUGUGAGGUGGUUGGAAAACCAAUUCCAGAGGUACAGUGGUGGUUUAUGGAGGGUGAUGAGCCAGAGGAGACGUUCACACAACUGUUUGAUGGCGCAAGGCAAGAGCGGGUCAAAAUCAAUGCAACUUAUAUCUCCCAUGGUACCAGUACCAUUUACUUUUCUAACCUGACGCUCAGUGAUUCAGGUGUAUAUGAGUGCAGAGCGUCCAAUGAUCCGGAUCGUAAUGAUCUGAAGAAAAGCCCCAAAAUCAAGUGGAUCCGCUCACAGGCGCACAUUAUUAUCUUUGAACCUGCAGAGAUCAUAACCAACGUUGAACAGGUGGGAAACACCACAACAUUGACAUGUAACCUGACUGACCCAGCCGUAGGCUUGAGCGGAAGUUACUGGAUGAAAAAUGACAAGCAACUGGAAGGCAAUGUAAAAACAGACAACAGUACCUUGUUAACUUACAUAAUAAAAAGCACAGACUGGGGAAAUUAUACUUGUGUAUUUGGUACUAACCCGUCAACAUCUGCUGUCCUCGAAGUUAAAGUGGCUCCUCAGGUUAAGCCAUAUAAGCCUUCAGAACAUGCUGAUGAAAAUGAGAAAGUUAAUUUAAAAUGUGAAUUGCAUAGUUACCCUCCAGCACUCAAGUGGACUUGGUCAGUGAAUGGAAAGGUAAUUUCUGGUAAUGAAUCGGAUGAGAAGUAUGUCAUCCAUGACUCUGGCAAUAAGUCUGUACUUACUAUUGCAAAUCUUGACAAGGAGAAGGAUACAGAAGAAUACACAUGUGAGGCAGAAAAUGAACGUGGGAAAGGUAGUACCAAGAUACAUCUGCGUGUGCGUAGCCGUCUGGCUGCACUUUGGCCUUUCCUGGGAAUUGUUGCAGAGGUCAUCAUCCUGGUCACCAUUAUCUUCAUCUAUGAAAAGAGGAGAAAGCCUGAUGAACUGGCUGACGAUGAUGACUCAGGAUCUGCCCCACUGAAGAGUAAUGCUGCAGUUAACCACAAGGACAAAAAUAUCAGGCAGAGGAAUUCGAACUAAAAGCGGUGUCAAGGUGACCAGAAUUUUGAGGAAACUAGAGGAACAAUUGUUUAGUGGAAGAAUUAAGUGUCUUCAAGUGUCCGUUUUUCAUACUGGUCUCCCUUUCUUCCUCUGUCCUUUGCCUUAUCAUUAAGAAAAGGUCACAUACUUUCUGCCUGUAUUUGAUGAAUAGAUGCAUAAAAAAUUUAAAUGGGUUUUUAAACUUUGAGUGUGCAGAUGAACCUCUUUAGGAAGGGUAUUUAUAACCUAGCAUUACAGUUAAGAUAUCUCUAAAACACACCACACCAUACUUGCUUGUUGGUUUUGGGGUGUAGCCAUUGUAAUGAUAUAAAAAGCAGAGUUCCCUUUAUGGCAUCAUGGGACCCUGACCUGUUUUAAUUAAUGAACGUUUUUAGCAAACUGGGAGUGCUAGAGGCUAUUGCCCAUUCUAGGCUUUAUUUAUUUUUAUUUUUUUGGUUAUCCUGAAAGAAAUGUCUCAUGCACACCUAUUCCUGUUGAAGCAGAUGAGCUUGUUUUUCAGAUGUAUAUUGGUUGUGUAUGUGUGCGUGCAUACUUGGCAUUUUCAGUAUUACAUCACUUAUAAUAUUUGGAAUAUGUUGUGACUGUUUUGCUCUACUUUGCCAUUUACUUUUUGUUUAAUAGACGUAGAGUGCAAAGACACACUUUUAAAAGUAAUAUUGGAUCCUUCUUUUUUUCCACAUUUGACAGCAUGCAAGUUGCCUUUUAAUGGCCUAAAGUUAACAAUGUGUCAGUUAUGCUCCUCCAUUUAAGCACUGAGUGGACCACAGUUUCUUUUCCUGAACAUGUCAGUUUGAUAUUUGUGUGUGUGGUUUUAAUACACCCCCCAUCCCCACCCAUCUAACUGACUCACCCCUGCUGUGAGGAUGGAGGUUGCUAAAAUAAAAUUGUAUGCCAUUGUUUUUUUUGUAGGUAGAGUGAAAUUGCCUGAUUUUUUAUUUUUUUUUUUUUUUUUUUAAAUAGAUGCUAUUAAAGCCAUAUUUUUAAUUGAAUUUAAAGCAGAGGUAUAAAAAUGUAUUAAAUAUGUAAUGCUCAUGUUGGAGUGUUUUACGCUAUACAUCUGUUGCCAGUCUAAUUGAAGUCGGCGUUGUCAUUUGUUAUUGACUUUGCACACAAUAAAUGAUUUUUUCCUUGU